AUGGAGGUUCAAGUACAAGACAGUCAGGUUGUGCCUCGAAGCAAUGCAGAACAUCUGCGGGUGAUGAUAGCAGCUGUGGAUGCAGUUAUCAGUGGCAGCAUGUCUCAGCGAGAGGCAGCCAAAGUAUAUAGUAUUCCUAGGAGUACCUUGCGAAGUCACUUGCCCAGACAUGAUUCUUACAAGCACAGACUUACCAAAACUCCAUCUAAUUUCAAAGGCAAGACCAUUCUUUCAAAGAAGGAAGAAAAAGAACUGGUUAAUUAUGUCAUCAAUAUGCACAGAGCAGGCUUUGGGCGCACUCGUCAAGACUUGCUUUAUAAAGUUCAAGACCUCUUAAACAAGUCAAAUCGAAAGACAAAGUUUGAAAACAAUUUACCAAAUGAUGAAUGGUAUGAUGCGUUCAUAGAGAGACACAAGGAUAGCAUUCAGCAGUGCAGCUUUGGCAGUGACAUGCAGGAAAUAGGACUCAUCCCCCUUGACGUGCAUGGAGUAAACCAGAUCCUUGAGGCAGCCGUCCAGUCAGUGACUCUACCUGACCACCAUAUUAGCAUAUUCCAGCCGGAGGACACGGCAGCACAGAACGUCAUCCACCAUGCCAGCAUCAGUCCAGACAGUGUUGCCAGAUGUCGAACUCUGCCUUUUCAUUUACAGCUCUGA